UUUACACCGUUUCAUUUCCACAGCAGCUUACUCUGGUGUCUUCACCAAAGCUGAGAAUAAAUCAUAUUAUCUUUCAUAGAUUCAUGGGGGAGACGUUUAGUUAUUCCUACAGUCUUUUGUUUUAGAGGAAACGGGCCUAAAAAUGAGCGACACUUCAGAGGACGGCAUCGAGAUCAGCUUUCCUGUUCAGUUUCUUGGCCGAGUGGAGGUACUCCGCCCUACAGGUCUGCCGAUCCUGGCUGAGGCUGCUCAGAGCCUGAAGUUGAAGUCAUCAGACGAAUAUUCCACGGAAAAGGCCGCGAAGAAGAGCAAAGUCCACGUUUUUCUUUCUCUGAGUGGGAUUGACAUUUUGGAAAACAAAACCAAGUUCCUGCUCUACACGUGCCCCCUCUCCACCGUCUCCUUCUGCGCCGUCCUGCCGGCGUCGCCCAAAGUCUUUGGGUUUGUGGCCAAACAUCCGGCCGUGGACACGCACCACUGCUACCUGUUCCAGAGCAGGACGUUUGCCCACGUGAUGGUCUCCGCCAUUGGAGAUGCCUUCCAGGCCUCCAAACAGGAGGAAAAUGUCCGGGGGGGGCGAGAUCUGAUAGUGGAGGCUCUCAGGCACAAGAACAAAGUCCUGCAAAGGGAGAACGAGGAGCUGAAGAGGAGGCUCUCAGCCCAUCGGGGAAACGGGACGUGCUCCGCCGCCGCCAUGGGGCCGCGGCUGUCUCGGGGCGGCAGCAGCCUGUCCCUCCUCCCGGAGAGACGCCACGCUGGGCCGGGGACAGAGGACGGACACUCCGACGACGACUCCCUGGAUGGGCUGGACAGGCGGGAGGACAUCGCUCAGUUCCCCUACGUGGAGUUCACCGGCAGGGACAGUAUAACGUGCCCGACGUGUCAGGGCACCGGGCGGAUACCCUCAGAGCAAGUGAACGAGCUGGUUGCGUUGAUCCCAUACAGUGACCAGAGGCUGCGGCCCCAGCGGACGAAGCUGUACGUGGUCCUGUCCGUGGUGCUCUGCCUCCUGGCCUCGGUGCUGGUGGCUUUCUUCCUCUUCCCUCGCGCGGUCAUCGUGGUGGACGCUGGGAUUCGCUCGGUGAUGGUUCGCUUCGACAGCUCGAAUAAGAAAGUCCUGAUGAACAUGACGAGCACGCUCAACUUCAGCAACCCCAACUUCUUCUCGGUGCUGGUGCAGAGCGUGAGCGCGCAGGUGCUCUACAUGAAGACGGUGAUCGGGACCCGGCAGCUGGACAACGCCACCACCAUCCUGCCGCUCAGCGACAGCCAGUCUGGAGGCCGGAUAACGGCUCAAAGCUCCAUCUCUGCUCUCUGUUCCAGCGCCUUCUGCACCAUGCCCAGCAUCAAGGUCCACAACAUCGUGGUGUUUGUGCAGACCUCGGUGAAAACCUCCUACAUGGUGCGCUCGUCCCAGAACAGCCUGGAGGCCUACCGCUACAUAGACUGCGGCUCCAACAGCACGCGCCACCGGACGGCGAGGGACGCCCGCGCCACCGGCCCGCCGCUGCUGUGAGCCGCCGGAGGGGGGGGGGGCGGGGCGGGGCGGGACUCCAGGCCUUUUCCUUUGGUUCUGUUGGGAAAGGGCGGUGAUGUCAGAGUGGAGCCCCAAGCGCUGCUUCAUGGCACAUCAGCGCCAGCUCAGCACUUUUUUUUUUUUUUUCAUUCCCCCCCCACCCCGGAUCUGCCCCCCCAGCCCCCGCGGGCAGGUUUGGUUUAAGGCAACUCCUCUGAGUCACGAGCUCAGAAGGCUUCUGUAGUUCAGACGUUGUUUCCAGUGGGGAAGGCGGCAGAGGGCCAGCGGCCCCCCAGAGACCGGGACCCCCACUGGACAGAGCUGAGCCUGGAUCAGCCCAACGCUGCGGACUGAAAGCCGCUCAGCUGUUUUAUUUAAAUAAACCAACGGCGAGGGGCUGGUUUUAUCAGCUUCGGACCAAUCAGCCAGCACGCUUUUGCACCUUGAAGUGGAGACGUCGUUUCUGCUGUUGGAAUCCCUCACAGGUAGUAUUUUAACCAGCCGGUUGGUCGUUUCUUUCAUUUGGGGAGUCUGCAGGCGUAGAUUUUUAGGUCCAGAGAGCAGCGACGCUCUCCAGGUGGACGCUCCCCGUUGAGCUGCAGGAAGGAAGAUUUCUGAGGCUUUUAGGGCCGUCGGUGUUUGUUCACACUAUCCGGCCAGCCUUCAGCAUUUGGGUUGAAUUUGACCGCGACUGGGCGGAUUUUAAGGGGGUUUUCUUUUCCAGAUUUAUGAAUGGUUUGUACCAAGUUUUUAAAGUUGGCUAUUAUUUUAUGAAAUAUUAAAGGGAAAUUGUGAAUAAAUAAAUAAGAAAUCAACAGUCUUUGUUGUUCUGUUUUACUUAUUUGAAUAGAUUAAAAAUUAAAGGUGUGUAAUUUAAGUUUAAGACUUUCAAAGAGCAUUAAAAAUGGCAGCUCAGACAAUAUGGACUCUUUAUUAUAUUGACAACUUGGCUAAAAUAUCCCUUUAAAUAAGCACAUUUUGGCUCCAUGGUUAGUAUCUAAUGAUAAUAAACAUUGAGAGCA